AUGGAGCCUGCCAUCAGCAUAACCAGGUCCAUGUCACUGAAGGACAAGUUCGAGAAUCUUAGUGCUCAAGACAUCGUGCAGAAGACGAAUGAGAUUGCCAGAGAUGGAACGACAGCCACACCCGUUUCUGUCCCUAUAAUGCAUGCAGAAAAUGUGACAAACAUCGGUGCUGGUUGCAAUCCGAUGGAUGUUCGUCGAGGUGCUCAGGCAGCUGUUGCCCGCGUGGACGACCUCUUGACGAAGAACACAAAGGGUGACAUUACGACGACGGAGGAAAUUGCACAAGUUGCAUCUAUUUCUGCGAAUGGUGAUACACAUGUCGGCAAUCUCAUCGCGACCGCCAUGGAGAAGGUUGGCAAGCAGGGAGUCAUCACAGUCAAGGAAGGGCGCACGAUUGAGGAUGAGAUUGAAAUUACGGAGGGAAUGCGUUUUGACCGGGGUUACAUUUCACCGUAUUUCAUCACGGACGUCAAGAACCAGAAGGUCGAAUUCGAGAAACCGCUGAUCUUGCUGUCCGAGAAGAAGAUCUCGGUGUUGCAGGACAUCCUACCUUCGCUUGAAGCAGCUGCGCAGUCUCGUCGGCCGCUCCUCAUUAUUGCUGAAGACGUCGACGGUGAGGCACUUGCGGCAUGCAUACUGAACAAGCUCCGUGGUCAACUCCAGGUGGCCGCAGUCAAGGCUCCUGGGUUUGGUGACAAUCGAAAGAGCAUCCUUGGUGACCUUGCAAUCCUAACCGGUGGUACCGUAUUUACCGACGAGCUUGAC